GGUUCCCGGCCCGGCGGCCACGGGCAGAAGAACGGCAAGAAGGGCCCCGGGGAUGCUCACGCCGCUGCCACCAAGACCUACUCCCCCUUCCUCAACACCGUUUUCGUGGGCGGCCGCGUGGACUUCGAGGACUUCGUACAGAUGAUGGGGCCGAAGUUGAGGGAGGAGACGGCCCACAUGGUGGGCGUGAGGGAGCUCAAGAUCGCCUUUCGGGAGUUCGACAUGAACGGGGACGGGGAGAUCAGCAGCGGGGAGAUGCGGGAGGCCAUCGCGGCGCUGCUGGGAGAGCAGCUGAAGGCGCAAGAGGUGGACGAGAUCCUCCAGGACGUGGACCUCAACGGGGACGGGCGCGUGGACUUUGAC